AUGCUCGCUCCUCAUCCUCAAGUACCUAAUCCCCCCAGGACCACACCCACCCACCUCCACGUCUCACCUGCACACCCCCUCCUCCCCUUCUCCCCUCCCCUCCCCUUCCCUCCCCUUCCCUUUCCCUAUCCCAUUCCCCACCACCCCCCUCUCCCCACCCUGCCCGUGCAGCAACCUGGCGAGCAACCGCCUAUCAGGCACAGCAAACUGGGACUUCACGAAUGCAGCCAUCAAGGGCGGGGAGGUGAACGUGCGCUCCAACUACUUCUACGGCACUCCCUCCUUCACCGCCGCCGGCAAGCCCUUCUGCCCCAUCACCAAGACCUCCAAGAUGAACGGCCUGGAUCAGAUCUUCCUCUCCUCCUCCAAGUUCAACUGCUUCACCUUCCCUGCCAAGUACCCCUGCCCGGGGUUCAACGAGCCGGGGUAUAGCAGCCCGGCGGUCUGCCGGGGCUUCUGUGGGGCGAGCUCUCCCCAGGGCACGUGCAACGGGCUGGGAUAUUGCAGCAAGACGAGCACGGUGGUGGGCGGGUGGGGUUGCGUGUGCGAUGCCGGGGCCACGCUGGCUCCGAACGGCACGUGGUGCUUGCCGGGCAAGAGCAGCACGUAUGGCCAGAAGUCCAUGACGUUUCUGAGAGGCUGA